CCUCAACACAGUUUAUAACGAAAAGAUUUCUGUGCAUACAUCGAUAGUGAGCUGCCAAAUUUUUACCACAUGCAUUAAAUUCGGAAUUGCCGUAAAAGUAACACAUUUUCGGGCAGACCAAUACAAUUUAGAUCAAGACAGAAGUAUUAUCCUUGAAAUGUGUUUCUUUAGCUGUAUAUCGAGGUUCCUGUUCUUCGUUUAUGGCACUUUGGGACCGGCAUGGCACACCUACAAGACACUCAACAGCGGGGAUGAGGAGUUCCUGGCCUGGGCCAAGUACUGGAUAGUCUACGCCUUUCUGGUCACCUUCGAGGUGCUGGCCGACAUCUUCUUGUCGUGGCUGCCGCUCUACAUGCCCACCAAGUUCCUUUUAGUCUUGUGGAUCGUCCUGUCUGCUCCGUCAGCCAAUGUCUGGAUAUUCGACGCCAUCCUGCGUCCGAUGUUGGCCAAGCGGCAGGAGCAGAUCGAUCACUUCCUGCACAGGGGCAAGGACAAGCUCCUGAGCGACGCCUUCUCGUCGGUGACUCAUCUCUUGGCCCGUAGUCAAACCACAGUGCUGCCUUUUAUGUCCCAUCUCUGGUCAAGAUCGAGUACCUCUCUGCCGGACCCUGUGACUGCCAACGACUUGGUGGACGCCACUGGGAGGGGAGCUGGUGGCCUGGCUUCGGAGGAUACUGAUUCGCCUACCGCCUCUCUUCGCACAUCCGCCCAAAAUCUGUCCAGUGGCUCCAGUCCCGUGGACAGCCUGAUGUUCGUGAACGAUGAUUCGGAGGAGAUUCAGAUGGGCAUUUCAAAGGCCACCACCCAGCUGCACUUGGAUAAAUCCGUUAACGAUCUGGCAAAGAAGAACAUCAUGUCAAUGGAGUCGUCUGGAAUCCUUAAUCGCCGCAAUCAACGCAAACCGAGAAUAUCCAAGACGCCUAACAAUGAGUCUGCUACCGGUAUUUCCUCCAAAGCAAAGCUGAACGCUCAGAAGGAGGACUUCCAUGACGAUGUUGAGGAUCUGCUGGCCAAGGCGAGGAUCGAGGCUAAUGGCCAGGAAGUCCGUCAACAACGUCAGCUGACCAACCGUCGCCGUCUAUAA